AUGUCCGUAGUUCUAGAUGUUGUGACGAGCGACAAUUACGAACCUUCAGAAACCGAGCUUCUGGAGUACGGGAAAUGGCUUGGUAUGGACCUUCCUACCGAUAAGCCAUUCCUUUGGAUUGCGAGGGAAGGACUGAAGGCUCCUCUGCCAGAGCAUUGGAAGGCAUGCCGAAGCGAAAAGGGUGAACUCUAUUACUUUAACUUCAAAACUGGUGAGAGUAUUUGGGAUCAUCCAUUGGAUGAACACUUUAGGGAGUUACUACGGAGCGAGAAGAUAAAUCCUAGUCCUAAAAGCAUCGCAAAUGGCGCCAAAAAACCAGGGCCUGCACUUGUUUCGCCAGCAAAAAAUCUUAGCGAGAGGAGCUCAAAUCAAGAAGAGAGAACUUCAUCGUUAGGAAGCAAAACAAAGUUGCAGGCGCUUAAAACAUUGAAGCAAAAGCGGGAGCUUCCAGAAGAACUUCGGAUUGAUUUUAAGGGUGGAAGUAAUCCAAGCUCGGGUUCUACUGAAAGAAGUCGCACAGCACAGAGGUUGAAAGGCGUAUUAUCGGCCGCGGGUUCAUCUGGUCCCAAAAUACCUCCUUUAUCCCAGACACAGGAAAACGUAAUUCCUCCCACUAUUUCAGGGGAAAAGGCUCUCAUCAGCAAGCCUUUUGCCGUGAAGAAAGCGCCGCAGAGCGAAGAUUCCGAUCCUCUUUCUUGCGGACCAACAGGUGUGUCAGAGGCAAAGACAGGCGCUCCAGCGAACCAAACAGAAGGAGACAUUGGACAAGAAUACCAAAAUCGAAUAAAAUUCCUGAAAGAGGACUUAGAGAACAAAUUCAACAAAGAAAAAGAAAUGCUGGAGAAGCAGUAUGCAUCUGAAACAGAGCAAGUAAUUAAUGAAUUUAUUGCCCGAUCUGAGACCGAGAAGAAGAAGCACCAACUUCUAGAGGAAAAGCACAAUCGGGAAUAUUCUGAAGCAAAGUUGCGUUGGAAAGCUGAAAUAGAGGCCUUAAAUGAGCAAAAAACAAAAGAGAUUGAGGAGAUAAAGAAAAUGGACACACGUCUGUUGGAUGCAAUGAAACAGUGCACAGAAGAGGCAGACAAAUGCGUUUCAGAUUUUAUCAGUACGUAUGAGGAUGCCCGUAACGCUUUAACUAGAGCACUGCAGGGCACUCGCGAGACACAUUUGACUCUAGUUGAACCAUCGCUUUCCAUGCUAAUAGAUCGUGCGCAGCAGUCAUACGACAAGGCCAUAAAAGAUUUAGGUGCCUGUUACGCCUCUGAGAGUGAAAACAUCAAACUCAAAUUUGCUGCGAAUAUCGUGGUGGCUGAAAGAGACGCUAAGGCUGCUGUAGAGGAAAUAAUGAGGCAGAAGGAAAACCGCAUCUCAUUCAUUUCAGAGAACACAAGGCCCACCGCCGUCAUCGGCAAAAAUCGUACGGAAACGCGAGGCACCCAGUGUGAAUGGGAUGAUCUAGAAGAUAUUCAAAAUAAACACACAUAUGCAGAGGGAACGAGUACUGUUUCGUGCAACCAUAACGCAGAUACCAUACAAUCGGUUAAGGAGAUACUUGGCGAUGCGGUUGCAACAUUGAGGGGCACAAGGGAUGAGGAACUCAACGAAUUGAAGGUUCACUUGAGGGAGUUUGCGGAGGAGGAAUUGAGGACCAUAUUUGACAAAAUCAGUCAAGGGCGACAACCUGUGUCCUGUGCCACCAUCGUUGACACCAGGGACGACAUGAACGUGCUGCAGCAUGUAAGACCAGAACCUGUGAAAGACGAAGGAAAUGCUCAAAAAGAUUCCCAUGCUCCUCCCGUCGAGAUUUUGCGAAAGGAGGAUCUCGCCACCGCAGUGUCGGAAGCUUUCGAACGGAUAUUCGUUAAUACGCCUUCAUUUCCUUUCGGUGCCAAUAAGGAAAGCACGCAUGUGGAGGAGCCUGACACUCCGGAUGAAUGCAGAACACCAUCUGUAUUGGGCAUGAAUGCAGUAGGAUUGGAUCAGCAGGUGCGCGGCUUCCCCAUUUCCAUCCAAGACCAAAGGUCUCUGUUGGAAAGUGAGAUAAAGCGCGUUGCUGACAUGAGAAGAAUUAUUGAGAGCCAGCGGACCAAACUAGAGAAACGUCGUACACACCUUCAUACCACCAGGCACCGCUGGAAGCAGGACGUGGUGAUAGCCAAGAAAGAAGGUGUGAAGGCGUCUUCGCAUCAAGGGCAACUACUUAACAAAGUUCGUCACGUAUUAGACGGUCAUAUAAAGAAGUUCGAAUAUGACGAAGCAGUUUUAAGGGGUAGUGAGGAAUGGCUUUUAAUGAAGGAGAGAAGCAUCCACAAGAUGGAGCACCGGAUUAGAGAUGCAGAAAGGAGAAUGGUGUCUAGCGGGGGUGCUGGUAGCCCAGACACUUGCGUCACAACUGGCCAUUGUCUAAAAUGCUUGGGGGUGGGGGAUGAUUGUUCCCUUGUGAGCCACAAUGUAAGGCCGAGGGACACUUUAAUAAUAGCUUACACUCAGACACUCAAUAGAAUUGUGCGACGUUUGGAGAGGGUUGCGGCUGUUAUGCACCACCCGGGGAGAAGACGUCGUUUUCCUACUUCCUACGUGGGUAAAUCGGCUCAUUAA